AUGGCCUUCAUCAUUAUCAUCAUUAACAUGGCAGACAGCUGUAACUUGGCGUUUGGACAUUCAGACAGUGCUGUGAUCAACAAACAAAGUAACAGCCAAUCACAACAGAGAACAUUUCACUGCCUUCAGGUGGAAAAAGUCGGCAAUAAUCACUCAAAUUGA